AUGGAUGAGAAAAGUGCGGAUCAGUCGUUUUUCGGCUCGUGGACACGCGAGCAAGUCGUCUCCUACGUCAGGUACGCCGUUUUUUGCUGAAAAGUCUCAAAUAAUCGAGCUAAAGCUCAAAUUGUCGUCAAAUCGUGGGCGUUGUACGUAGAACGGUGUUUGCGUGCUUUGCGCGCGAUUUGACGACAAUUUCCAGAAAAAAGCUUUAAAAAAUCCCGAAAAUUGCAGUUUCGCCUACGUCAUCAUCUCGAUUUUAAUGGUGCUCUUGUGGUCGAUGUACCUGUGCAUAGAUGGACGGCGCAAUCCGAAAAAGGACACUCGAGUCAUCCACAUGCUCGCCCAGAACACAUUUUUUCGAAGCGUACCGUAA